AUGACUCCGUCCUUCAACUCAGCAGAGGACGUGUCGAAGUUCUUAAGGUCCAAGAAUGAUAUAGAUCAUAUUGUUCAAGCGGCAAGUGACUUGAUCCACAACAGGAUCGAUGUACACUUCCCUCAGAAACAAGUGUUUGUCUUUGAGUUGAUCUGCGAUAGACUCAACGUCCCCAAUAGCCAAUGGCAUAGCCACAAGGACGUAUGGGUUCUAUUAAUACAAAUAUGGAAUACCCUUGAGCCCAGACUUCGAACCAUAUUUAAACGAAUCAGAUUGAUAGAGGUAUUGGUUCUGGUGCUAACUGAUGCAGGUAGUGAUACCACCACCAUAUAUGACUCGUCACAUUUUGUUCCGAUCUUUGAAUUUGUUGACUUAUUGCUGAAGAAUGUGUUUAUAGAAGUUGAUGAUUCAAUCAUGUUACGUAUUUUGACGGCCUAUGUUGCUUUCACCAAGUCUCCAUCUUUCAGCAGCACUUACUCAAUGACUAUACACCACUUGUUCAAUAUCAUGGCAACAACUGACUACAUCCCUUCCAAAAAGACUAUAACAAAGUUUGCCCAUGAGUUGUUGAUAGAUGUUUGUGGAUUUUUAGUCGCCCACCCAGAAGAUAGAAUCACUACAAGCUUGUUUCUUAAUGUUUUAGAGGUAUUUACCUUAUCAGAACACACGUUAAGCCAAACAAUAGUUGAACUUGGGAAACUUAAACCUAGAAAGACCAUCAAUGUCAAAGAUCCAUUGACUUAUUUGUUUGAUUUGAUGACUUCAAGAACUUCAGAACGUGACUUUAAAACCUUGGAAGAUGCUUAUAGAGCCAUGAUUAAAUCUGAACCACUUUUAGCAGAGCCAUUGCUUUCAAUUCUUUCCAAAAAGAACAAAUCUCUUUCCUCGGAGUUUAUUAGUGGGAUCUAUUCCCAAAACAUAUCAUCCAACCAAAAGAAUUGGGGUUUGCUCAUUUAUUUGUUGGACAUUGACAAUGAAUUGGCUACAAAUAAUGCUGUGUCUCUUUUGCAGGUGUUUGAACAAGUUUCUGAUGAAAAACUUGUUGAAAGAUUUCGAAAUGCCUUUGUGGGUGCCUUUGUUAAGGCCAGAGAAUUACCUUUGUUCUUUAAAGAUAUUUGGUACAACCAUAGACACCAAGAUUCGUGGAGAUCAAGUGCUUUGAUUCAAUUGGUUGCGGAGUACUCAAAAGAUUUGACCGUUAAUCAAACGAAGGAUAUUCUUAACUUCUGUUGUGAGAAAGGUACUGUUUCCUCAUUACCUUUAAUAGCAUCAGUAGUGGGUGGAUUAUUGAAAAGCCCUACAACGAAAACUCAACCCCUUUCAACCGUAUUAGUGGAGCAGAACAAUACUAUUUUCAAUGAAAUUACGACCAACAAUGAUGAUAUCCAAACCUUAUGGCAAAUCAGAUAUAGUAUCUUGUGUCUUUAUACUGAGAGCUCUUUUGAAAGUAUUAAGGAACCGUUAUACAAAUUACUUACAAAAACUUCAGAUGAUUGCUCUUAUUAUUUUUAUUUCACAAUGUUUAGGGCCAUUGAAUUGUUUGAUGAGAGCUAUUUGUCAGGUUUCCAGUUUCAAGAAAGGUUUUUACAAUUUGCCUCUAGUUGUAAAUCCAAAGAAUUAUUCGAUUCCUUAUUUUUGAGAUGGUCUGUGAUUAUCAAUAAUUUGUUCAACAAAGACCAAGUAGAUCAAUUAUUGAAGACUGUGGAAGCUAAUUUAGGGUUUACAAGGUUGGUUCAAAUAAUAAAUGAAAGUUCUUGUGUAUUAUUUGAGUUAAAAUCCGUUUCAGAUACAAUUAUCAAACGUACCAUUAAAGGGAUUACGGGAAAAAAUCCUUCAUUGAUUAAUCUCGAUUUAUUAUCCGUUAUCCCAGAAGAAUGUAUUGAUAGUCGAGAUUAUCCACUAUUUAUUGAUAAUUUGCAACGUUUAUCAAAAGAUAGGGCACUCACAAAUACAUGCAUAACCCAAUUGAAUAGAUUUACAUUAAAUCCUAUGUUGAAUCUGGAUUUCGAACGCAAUUUGCAAAAGAUGCUAGUGUUUAUUCUGAAUUGUUGUGAAGAUUCUGUCACUACUGGGCUUUCACUUGUUCGUCGGAUUUGGAGAACCUAUUUCGCUCGUUACAAGGAAUUCAGGUCAUUUAUUGAUUCCUCAUUUAGCGCAUUGACUUCAAGUAUAGUUGAAGACAAUUUCCCAAGUUUGCAGUUAACGCUGAUACUCUUAACACUUAAACCAGAGGUUCAGGAUUCAAAUUUAAAGACUCUUUUGAACGAUUUAGAGUAUAAAUAUGUCAUGUUCCUUGAAAAGAGCAUGUUGGAGAUCUCACUGUCCAAUACUGUCAAAGAUGUUGAAGUUCUCAACUGGCAACUUCAAUCUUUACUUGAAUUGGAUUACUCUAAAUCUGAGAAGGUAAAGAAAGCUGUUAUUCAACUCGGAAAGGUCUUCAAUAACGACAGUGGUUACGAUGACUCUAAGAUAGCACUUUUUAAAUUAAUUACCCAUUGGGAACAACCAGAACUUAGAAAUGCCACUUAUAUUGCAGCUUUAUAUAUUGCAUUGAAGUCCAAGACGAUGUGCUUGAAUAUUGAAAGCCCAUUGGAGAGUUAUUUGACAAGGUUCUGCACAAAUGCUGAUAGUCAAUCUCUUGAACAGUUGGCAUAUUAUAUUACCGAUUCUAUUCCAUUGGCUACUGAAGAACAGUUCCCUCAUAUUAUUUCCUUACUUGUGAUACUCACAGGAACAAUGAGACAUAAGGAUGAAGCCAGUCAAAAGGUAUUUACCAUUAUUUUAUCUCAAAUUAUUGAUGUUGUCCAUAAGUUGGAUAUAAGCAGUUUAAUUUUAAUAUUAAACACUAUUAAAAGUCAAUUGAGUGAAUCCACCUGGUUAUUCAAACAAUAUUCCACUGAAUUAACCUUAUUACUUGUGAGUAAAGUGGCUAACCAAUUGAGUAACGACCCAAAUGCCACUGAAGAAGUAUACAUUUUGGUAACACAAGUGUAUUCACAUUUACUUUUAUUCCAUCGAUUCAAGUUCCAAUCCAGACAUCAUAUACUUAUUAGGACCAUGAUAGAUUUGUUAGAGCCUUUGACAUUGAAAAAACAUAAUAAUAAUAAGGUUCUCGGAACUUCAAAAGAAUGUGCCAGAGCCUAUUCAAGAUUAAUGGCCAAUCUUUGUGAACCUCAAGCAACAAACUCAUAUAAGGAACUUGCUAAUAGCUCAUUAACCACUUCCUCUACAAUUAUUAAGAAAGGGUUACGGAAAUACUUGUCCAUGCUAUUAGUUUCUUACAUAGCAUUCAAUUUGAAGUAUAACUUUGACUCCAGUAUUAAUGAUGAAUUAUUGAGGGCUAUAUAUAUGGUGUUUGAUGUAUUAACAGAACGAGAGUUACAGUUAGUGAACUCGACUCUUGAUUUCCCAGGAAAGUCCUUUUAUCGUUCAUUAUAUGCCAAUUAUAAGGAUCAAGGUAAAUGGAAAGAUAAUUAA